AUGGACACCAAGACACAGAACCUUCUCAUCACCCAACCCCAGCCCCAUAGCAACUCUCACUCCCAAAGCCACGCCUGCAGCCAGUGCAACUGUCCCCACCACCGCCAAGGAGGCAACAGUUGGAGCCGGAGCUCCAGCAAGAGACGGACCAGCCACAGCCCGGGCCAACAAAGCCACAGUCCACACCCUGGCCUGUCCCCAAGGCACCCCAAAAAGACCAUGCAUUCCCACCACGCAACUGCGAGGUUCUCCGUUCCUGGCUGCAGCUACUCCAGGAACAGGAAGUCCGCAGGAGGGAAGGUGAAAAAGAGGAAGGUGAAGAGGAACAGGCAGGCAUACAAAACCAAGAGGCGGAGCUCAGGCCUUCAUGCAGACGUGUAUCAGGCCUACUUCGUGGGCCCCGCCCUCAGCCCAACAUGCAGGAUCACACAGGAACAUACCAAUGACAGCUGUGAGGAGCGUCUUACAAACGUUCUCCCUAGCCGCCCGCUGCCGCGAAAAAAGAAACCGAAAGUGGUGCGGAAGGGCGGGGGUCUCUAA